UUAGGGAGGGGGUGAGUUGGGGGGUUGCUACAAGAAUUAAGAGAAUGCUUUUUUGCCCACCCAGUUUAGGGUAGGGACGCGAAACAAGGGGCCUCUAGAAGAAGGCUGGCAUCUCAGCAGGGAGCACGAGCAGGGGGUCGGCAGUCCCUUUCCCCUCCUAGAGCGCUGCCCGCGGUGGAGAGAGCUACACCUCACUGCCCACCCCGGCUCCGCCUUCCCUAGCCGCGGCUCCCGCUCCGGCUCAGCCAGGCUCCCCACCCGGCUGCACCCGGAGGACCGACACCGAGCGCUCGGCUGCGCCUCCGAGCCCUCCCCCUCGCCUUCCCCCUCGCCCUCCCUCUCUGGGGUCUCUGCCUCCGUCUCCUUUUUUAAAAGCUGCGUCACAUGCAUGCCGUUCCCUGAGCGCUCGCGGCCCCUCGCCGCCCGCCCGUCGCGCGGCGCACGCACGUCGUCGCUUGCUGCGCGCUCUCCCGGGUCACUUUGACACGGCUCUCCCCUCCCACUAGCAGGACAAUUAGCAUAUUAAUAAAGCCCGGCCCUGCCCGGCUCGGUCUGGGGAGCCGGCGCCGGCGCGAGGGAGCGCGAACGCCAGGGCGGAGAGGGGGGCGCUCGGCGACGACGACUACGGCGGCGGCGGCUGGGAGGGCGGCGGGAGCGCACAGACACGCACACGCACACGCGCACACACGGACACACACUCCGCGGACGCACACCCGCGCGCACACACGCAGAGGCCGCUCGCCUUCCUGCCUGGCUUCCUUCCUGUCUGCUCCGCGCCUGACAGGCCCCUCGCUGCAGCCAGGGGCCGCCCGCACCGGGCCGAAACCGGGCCGAAGCCGGGCCGGGCGGGCAGCGGGGGCCGCGGGCGGCGGCGGCGGCUCAUGCCCGGCCUGUCCCCUCGAGGGGCGGGCACCGUGACUCGGCUGGGUCCCCAGCGGCGGGCGAUGUGAAGAUGUCAGUGGGCUGUGCCUGUCCUGGUUGUUCCUCAAAGUCAUUCAAGCUGUACUCGCCGAAGGAGCCCCCGAACGGCAACGCCUUCCCCCCCUUCCAUCCCGGCACCAUGCUGGAUCGGGAUGUGGGCCCAACUCCCAUGUACCCGCCUACAUACCUGGAGCCAGGGAUUGGGAGGCACACACCAUAUGGCAACCAAACGGACUACAGAAUAUUUGAGCUUAACAAACGCCUUCAGAACUGGACAGAGGAGUGUGACAAUCUCUGGUGGGAUGCUUUCACGACUGAGUUCUUUGAGGAUGAUGCCAUGUUGACCAUCACUUUCUGCCUGGAGGAUGGACCAAAGAGAUAUACCAUUGGCCGGACCCUGAUCCCACGCUACUUCCGCAGUAUCUUUGAGGGGGGUGCUACGGAGCUGUACUAUGUGCUUAAGCACCCCAAGGAGGCAUUCCACAGCAACUUUGUGUCCCUCGACUGUGACCAGGGCAGCAUGGUGACCCAGCAUGGCAAGCCCAUGUUCACCCAGGUAUGUGUGGAGGGCCGGUUGUACCUGGAGUUCAUGUUUGACGACAUGAUGCGGAUAAAGACGUGGCACUUCAGCAUCCGGCAGCAUCGAGAGCUCAUCCCCCGCAGCAUCCUUGCCAUGCAUGCCCAAGACCCCCAAAUGUUGGAUCAGCUCUCCAAAAACAUCACCCGGUGUGGGCUGUCCAAUUCUACUCUCAACUACCUCCGACUCUGUGUGAUACUCGAGCCCAUGCAGGAGCUCAUGUCCCGCCACAAGACCUACAGCCUCAGCCCCCGUGACUGCCUCAAGACCUGCCUUUUCCAGAAGUGGCAGCGCAUGGUAGCACCCCCCGCGGAGCCCACACGUCAGCAGCCCAGCAAACGGCGGAAACGGAAGAUGUCAGGGGGCAGCACCAUGAGCUCGGGGGGUGGCAAUACCAACAACAGCAACAGCAAGAAGAAGAGCCCAGCUAGCACCUUCGCCCUCUCCAGCCAGGUACCUGAUGUGAUGGUGGUGGGGGAGCCCACCCUGAUGGGCGGGGAGUUCGGGGACGAGGACGAGAGGCUCAUCACCCGGCUGGAGAACACCCAGUUUGACGCAGCCAACGGCAUUGACGACGAGGACAGCUUUAACAACUCCCCUGCGCUGGGCGCCAACAGUCCCUGGAACAGCAAGCCUCCGUCCAGCCAAGAAAGCAAAUCGGAGAACCCUACGUCACAGGCCUCCCAGUAAAAGGCCUUGCUGUGGCCACCCAGCGCUCUGCCAGCCUGUCCCACCCCUCGAAGCCCCAGGAAGCAGAAGACAGAAUGAAGAGGCCGAGCAUCUAAAAUGGGCAGCCUUCAUCCACCUGCUUCAGGGAGGAACUGGACUCGCUGGGGGCAGGUGCCAAGAUUUGCCCCCCAGUGGCCCUGGGCUGGGCCUGGCCUCUGCAGAGCCUUUUGGGGGAAGGGGGUACUCGUGGAUGCCUACGUGGAACCUGGGUCUCUGAGAAAUGUCCUGACCACCCCCCAGGGCAUUUGCCUCCAUCCUCACCCCAGAUUCUGGGUUUCCCAUCCCCCUGACUUUACUCCUUUCAAGCCUGGGGGUUGUCUGUACCCACAGCCCUUAGGGACUUAAAGUUAUGGGGCUUGGUUGAAUGCCCCUUCCCCUAGGCAGCUGGUGAUAGAGGGGUAAAGCUCUGGGCCCCUCCUUCCUGUUGCCACUUAUCCCAGCUCCAAGUUUUUUUAAAAAAUAAUAUUAUUAAAAAUGUAAGUUAAAAAAAAUCAUUCAUGUCCCCCCUUUUCCCCCUAUUAAAAGUCCAGCUACCUCCCUACUCUUGGCAGAUGGGGGGGCGGCUAGGGCCCAGGUGGGGGUGAGAGUGGGGGAGGGGGUAUGCAUACCAUUUUAUACAGUGUGAGAGCUUCAGACCAAGGAGACACUUUGCCAUCUCUCUGCCCCUUUCCUCUGGGGUGACUGCAGUUGGAGAAGGCAUGCCAUGGGGUUAGGGGACAUCAGUGGCCACAUUUUGGUGAUAAACCCCUGAUGUUAUCUCUGUCUUUCCAUCCUCUGGACUCUGGCCUGUCCUCCCUCGUGCUCGUGACUCCCUCUCUUCCAGCCCCACCCCCAUGGUGUGCAUAUUCAUUAUGAGUCCUCCAUGAGAGCAGUUGUCUAGGAUGCAGGGAGGAGAGGCUUCCUCCCUUGGGGAGUGUGGAGGGAAGGGAACAGCCUUGUUUGUUGCUGUAUUUUUGGUUUUGUCUCAGUUGGGCAGGCAUGGGAUGGGAGAGGUGCUUGGCCACUUUUCUCCGGAACCCUCUUCCCUCAGCCCCUCCAACUGCAUAUAUAAUCCUACUCUGCCCUUCACAGAGGGGAAGGAGCCACUGAACUGAGAACGUCCCGGCUCUAAGCCCCCCAGAGAAAAACAGGCCUUUGUACCCCCAUCUGAGGUAGCCGGUCUUCGUCUGUCAGUAUCCCCUGCCUCUCCUUCCUCGUAGAAGGGAGGAGCAGGAGGCAGCUGGGAUCCUCAGCUUGGCCAGGGUGCAUCCAGGAGCAGGGUUCCACUUGGCUGGGCCAGCUCUGUGGCUUUGCUGCCUUUUCCUGUGGCCAGUCCCAGGAAGUGCUAACACCACCUCUCUUCCCUCUGGAUUCUGGGGUCCCCCACACCCUAUUUCCUCCACUCCAGUUGCCAUUUUUGGAAGGGUAUUGAGUCAGGAGCUGAGGGGGUGGGGUGAGGAAGGUGGACAACCCACCCCAACUGUAAUUUUUUUUUUUUUUUUUUUUUUUUUGGGCCAUUUGAGUCAUGUAUGGUACCGAUCAAUAAAGAGACUUUUCGGUUUGACAGUG